AUGAUGAUUCGAACCAUCGCCGGUGUCGUCCUCCUCCCCCUCUCAGGCCUGAUUUCCGAGUACUACAGAGCUCUCCUCGCUGGCUGUUUUCUCAGCAACUUGUGUUUCUGUUUCUCUGCUGUGGUCCUCCACCGGCUUUGGAUGCGCCUCACCCAGAAAAUGCCCAGCUCAUCGUUCAUCAUCGCCCUCGCCGUCAUCAACCCAGCGACGGUUUUCUUCGUCAGUUGUUACACAGAAUCUUUAUUCUUCGCCGCCACGCUAAUGGGCAUCUAUCUUCUUUGCAUGGAAACUCCGAAGCCCUGGCUUGCUGCUGUUUCUUUUUCAUUCGCUUCGGCUUUUCGUUCGAAUGGAAUUUUAAACGCUGGAUAUAUUGCUCACUUUGGACUUUACCAAAUUAUGAAAGAAUGCGCCCAAAUGCCCCAGCGACCAGAAUCUCAGCUUAGUUUCCUAAUUUUACGAAUGCUAGUAGAAACAGGUCUACAAGUAUUUUUGGUGAUUUCCCCAUUCGUUAUUUUCAACAUCUAUGGAUGGUUCCAUUAUUGCCACUCGGCUCAUUUCUGCGAACUCUUCAAAAUGACCGACUGUCCAGAAUUAAGCUCCCCAGACUUCUGCAACUGGGACUACCCAAUAAUCUACAGCUACGUCCAGACCCUCUGGGAUAACGGAUUCUUAAAAUACUGGCAACUCAAGAAGAUCCCUUUAUUUAUUCUCGCGACACCUACAGUUUGGUGGUGUCUCAAAGCGAUUUCGAAGUCGGCCGAGAGAUGUGCGUUGUUUGAUAUUUUCGCCGGGAGAUAUGCGAAAAGAAACAAGCCGUGGGCUGGCGAGCCGUUUAUGAUUGCCAGCUCUUUGCAUUUGCUUUACAUGGUCCUUUUCGGUGUGUUUUUCAUGAACGUCGAAGUCACAACUCGCCUUGUCUGGAGCUCGUCACCAUACUUGUACAUCUUCACUUGCCAAAUCCUCCAUUCGCGAAUUUCCAAUCGCCUCCGUCGAAAAUUUCUCUCUUAUACAUUCCUUUACCUCAUUCUUGGCCUUGCUCUUCACUCGAAAUCGGAUCUGGACGGAACAUGCGAUAAAAAUGGCGAUUGUACUCGAGAAAGCGUCGAUGUCAAUGAAGUCCUCGAGAAUGCAUCUAGCUCCGCGAAGUUUGUCCCUUUUCGCUAUACUAGCAAAAACAGAUACGUUGAUGAUUGGGAAAAGUUUAUCACGGCUUAUGGGAAGUGGCAGAAGGCGAUUUUAGACAAUCCGAAUAUCAAAUGCUCUGAUUAUCAAGCAGUGGUGUUUAAAAAUACUGCUGGCUUGGGAGACUCGGCAAAUGCUUUGAGUGCUGCAUUCAUGUACACAAUCAACGCAGGGUUGAUGUUUUUCAUUGAUUGGAAACCUUGGGCUUGGUCGGAGGGCUUUUCGGGUCCUGGAUUUCCCGUUGAUUAUCAAUCACUUCUUGCGGACAAUCAAAUUUGCCAGGGGAAGAACAUCAUUCAUCUAUCGGGGCAUAUAACUGCCAAACAUCGGCUUGCAAUGAUCAAAAGAGUCAACAUGGAAGUCAACUUUCUUGCCACUCGAUUCUUCCAAGAUUUCUUUGCUCCCAGUGCUGCAGUCCAAUCCAUCAUUGAUUCCUUUUCUUCUCAAAUAUAUGACAAAACCGUCGCCCUCGUCAUCCGAACCGGUUGGGACGACUGGCAGCAAUUUCUGCUCCCAGAAGAUCCGGAUAAAUUCCCACUUUGUCUGAAGGGAUGGCGAGAAAGUGGCGGUCUACCGAGUGAUAUCAACGUUUUUGUUACUUCGGAUCGCGAAGAUGUAAAAAAAGCUACACUUGCCAAAUUGAAAGAAAUGAACUUCAACGCCUUUGCGCUCAAAGACUCGGCGACACAUGUUCAAACGCCCGACGACAUUCAAAAAGUUCAAAAGACCAUCGCCGAGUUUCAUCUUUUGUCAAAAUGUGGAUACGGCCUUUUGACUUCUUCCUCCCUUUUUGGCAAAGCAGCAGUAGCAGAGCUUGGAGGAAAAGACACAUACUCUAAUCAAAACUUUUUCUUCAUUUCCGCUGCCGAUUGCGACCGCCAACACAAGGGAUAUUACCGCUGCGCCAAUCCAAAAUAUCCACCUUUCUGUCCGACGGAAAACACUGAUUACGAGUGGUAA